GCCUCCGCCGGGGCGGGCGGGAGGACGAGCGAGGGGCCGCGGGUGCGGAGGCAGCAGAUAGCAGAGACCAGCACCCAGAGAGCCCUUGCUUAUCUCCCCCUGCGAGCAAAAGCAGAUCCGCGGUGCUCACUGCCAGCUCCGGGCAGGAGGCACUAUCCGAGGACACUUGUGGAGCCCACGAGCUGUUUACAGGAGCUGAGCGUACCCCAAGGGGCCUCCAAAGCAGAGGGAGCGGCACAGGCAGCCCGCCCAGGAGCCGACAUGGAGCAGAAGAUCAGCUCUUUCUUUAAUUCCAUCUUGGAGCUCAUCCGUACCAAGCAUGAGGAAGGGGUCUUCAACACCGUCUGCCUGGCCGUGCUGAUGGGUCUGCCCUUCGUCGUCCUCAUUGCGUUCAUUUUCAUCUGCUGCCACUGCUGCUUCUGCAGCCGGAGGGGAGAAAGCAAGAAGAAAGAUGGCCCCAGCAGCAACGGGCAGCUGCACGCCGAGAGGAACAAGAAGAAAAAGAAGAAGAAGAAGGAUGAAGAGGACCUGUGGAUCUCGGCUCAGCCCAAGCUGCUCUUGCUGGACAAGAGACCCUCCUUGCCCAUCUAGCAGACAGGAGGGCGUUCAGGCCCUCCCCUCUGAGAUGCCACCAGUCCUUUCAGCUGUGCACUACGAGGGGCGAGGAGAUGCCAAAGCUGCUGCCGCUUUACGGUGACUUUCAAAAGAGGCUGAGCCCAGCGGCUAACCAAUGCGUUGAAAGGCCAUCAGAGAGCAAGGCAGUCGGGCACAGGUUUCUGCCAGCCCCUUCUUCCCGACCACAACAGCGUGCCCAAGGGCAGAAACCCCCCGCCAAGGACAGGCAUGCACGUGCCCUGCCGAGCACGGCGUGGGCGACCUGCCACCGGGCCGUACGUACCUCCCGCCACGAGCACGCAGUGCGGCCGUGCCUCGUUUGCUUGCCCCGCCGCCGAGGUGGCACGACUUGACCGUCUAGGCUCCGUCCAAACCCAGCCCACGGUGGAGAGGCAAAGAAAGCAGCCGAGUGCAGAGCUGCCCCGCAGCUGUGCCAUCUCCCUGGCCACCAAACCAAAGGCAACCGGGAGCAUCUGGAGCCAGAUGCCCUCAGCCCAACCGUAGGGACCUCAAGACACCAUCUUAAGGCAGCACAGCGGGAGGACGUGUCGCCGCCCAGGCUAGAGGCAGGGAGGAGAGAGGAGGCUUCACGACUGGCCCUUUUGCACCAGCACUUAAAUAAAUAAACAAAUAAAUAAAUAAAUCUUCCUUGAAAGACUGUUUUAUACAGACUUGCCUUGCCACCACGCUACUGCAAGAGCGGAAACGCAAGCUGAGGCUGUGUAAAAGCUUAGCUACGGGCAUUAGAGUUAUUUAUUGAAUGACUACUAAAGAAGAGCAGGACCAAAGGCCCCUCUCUUGUGGGGCUAGGCACACCGAAGCGGUAUCGAAGCAGCAGAUGCAUUUUCCCAGCACACUCGGCUGUCCCCUUUCCCUGCAGACCUUGUGCCACGCGUUGGAGACACACAGACCCACAAACACAUGCUGCCACCAGCUGCUGCCACGCGGGCAGCUCUGUAAAUGCCAUGCAGAGGGCUUCUGCACAGCUGUCAAGCCAGCCGGCUCUGGGAUUUGGGAUAAGCUUUAGGAGAAGAGGGGAGUAAAGUUCAUGCCCGCAGUCAUCCCUUACCCCGGGAUGCAUCGUACGGCUGGACCCUGCUCCCCCCUCCAUCCUCAUCUCCCUCGGACGUGUGACAGCUCAGCCGGGCACAGCAGCUAACAGGACCACACAUGGCUCUCCCCUUUGUUCUGGUUUUGACCCUCUGCUCCCUCCAGGCCUGCGUGCCCAGCCUACCUCCCGAGAAGCUGGGGGGUCUCCUCUGCCCCCCACUCCCCACCCUGCCAGGCUCUGUCUUCCCCAACUUGUUUUGCCAGCGAGGGAUGCGCACAUGUGAUGAGAAGCCCCAUCGCGUCUGCUUUUUGCCCUACGUCUGUACAGGGGGGGGAUGUUUUCCUCCCAUUUUCUUCCAGUUCUCAUGGAGCAGACCGGCGCUGCCAGCCGAAGCCAGACAUCUUGGGGGACGAGCAACCAAACCCACGUGGGCAGGCCUGGAUGGAGCCGCUGGACACAACUGCUUCCAGCCCAGGCCCGGGCGAUGCUGCCUUCCCCCCGGCUCCCCGGCCACGCACCGGCAGCGGGCAAAGCCCCCGCUGAGAAGCGGCCGCUGGUGCCACCCGGUCCCAGCACAGCCUGUUUUGUCUGACACAGACAGGGCGGUGAUGUUAACCUCACGUCAUGGGGUUUGGCUGCAUGCGUCUGUGCUGGUUACAGCUGGGAAGGCCAGGCUCCUCCUCACACAGCCCUUUAAAUUGACCCCAUAUGUGCCUUAUUCUCCAGCUCGCUUUGUUAGCGCUGAAAUAAGGGACUCCCUUCCCCUCCAAAACAGGAAGCAACACAUAAUGCUAUGAAAAAUUAGGAUUUGCCACACCUAAUCCUAGAGAGAAGCAUGCAGGAAUAGCUCUGGUCUGUGCCCCAAACCCUCAGUCCCCCCAGGACCCUGGAGAAUCAGCACUGCACUUGUAUUAUUCCUUCUUCCUUCUCUCCUUUCCACCCAUCAUCCAGGUAUUUUCUACAGCCCUCCCGCCUCCACGCUCACCAGGUGGGCAAAGCAGCCUCCUGCGGUGGAGGAAAGCUGCCCACACAGGUGCUCCUGCUGCAAUCCAGAGGCACCAGCAGCCCCGGAGGAAGGGUGGUGCUGCCUGGAGGAAUCGAAAAAAAUCAGAGCAAAGGGAAACGCGAUGGGAGGCCAGAGGCUUACCGGAACAAGCAGGGGCACGGAGGCAGCCGGCUCUGGCAGAAAACAGCCUACUAAGCGUGGGGCUGCUGGGCUUUGCACGGCCUCCUGCAAGAAGGUCCUUCUCCAGAAGGGUUAGCGCGUAACGUUUCAGGUGAGGGCAACCAGUUUCUGCACGAAUCAGAGAAGAAAGUUAAGAAAAUGUCUGUGUUGUGUCACACGUAACAUCUCCAAGCUUUGAAGAGUUCAGAGCCGGCCUGAAUUUCAAGAACCCACCAAAAUCAUCACUGGAAUCCACCCCUUGACUGGGCAGGGAGGCACCAGGAUACAACCCUGCUCUGAUCCAUCCAACCAGUGGGUGGUCCGAGCCUCUGCACCCCACAAAGCACAGGGGCAGACCGGCUUGAGGGCUGCUGUUUAGCCAAACCACGCACCGAAUCAGCCGCUUCUUGAGACAAAAGCAAAAGAACAGCACCAGCCCUGAAGUGUACCAGGAGCUGUCACCCAUCAGCUGGGCAGCAGUGACCCUGCAGCACCCACAUGAACAAGGAGGCAGGAGAAGCAUGGUACAGAAACUCUCCAGACAGCUCUGCACUGCCUCCCCACCACUGCAUUUCAGUAUCAACCUUUUACUUCCCAAAAGAGUCCAUGCAACAGGGGAGAACACCCAAAUUUUUUGCCUUUUUUUUUUUUUUUUAAAGAACAAAAAUAAAUGACUCAAACUGCAAACAAA